UCUACUGGGCCAGGUGAGCUUGUGUUUUGUGACGAAAAUCGAUCGAUCGUCGUCAAAACACAGAUGAGUCGUUCACCCAUCGACGUCGGCAUGAAUAAAUUCAUCCGGCAUUAGUCCAGCCUGGUCGCGAGUACGCAUAAAAAUACCAGACAGACCUGUAGAUAACUUGAUAAAAUCGCGACUCCUGUGUCCAUCGUUACAAUGCAGAGCGUUAUCAAUUCUGUCAAAGGAACAGCGCUCGGGGUUGCCGAGUAUCUGACCCCGGUUCUAAAGGAGAGCAAGUUCCGAGAAACCGGAGUUUUAACUCCUGAAGAGUUUGUCGCUGCCGGUGAUCACCUUGUUCAUCAUUGCCCUACGUGGCAAUGGGCUACUGGAGACCAAGACAGGGUCAAAUCAUACCUACCAAAGAACAAACAGUUUUUAUUGACUCGUAACGUGCCAUGUUCACGGAGAUGUAAACAAAUAGAGUACUGUGAAGAUCAGGAACGUGUUAUUGAGGUUGAUGAUCCUGAAGGUGGAUGGGUCGAUACCCAUCAUUAUGACUCAAGCAUUGGAGGAAUAGAUGAGAAAGUUACAGAAAUGACAUUGGAGGAGGGACAGCCCAAGGGUGCUACGGGAGCUGCAGAUACAGAUGAUGAUGAUGAGGAUGAUGAGGAGCCAGCAGAUAUGGAAGCGUUCGAGGUCAGCGGUCUUUUGGAUGAAGAUGACAAGUAUACUUCGGAAUCGACGCGAAAACCUGUUAAUGAAGAACGCGAUUCUUGUACCGAUGGAGAAAUUAUACACACACGCACAUAUGAUCUUCAUAUCACCUAUGACAAAUAUUACCAAACCCCUCGGCUCUGGCUCUUUGGGUAUGAUGAGAGUCGCAAGCCACUGAGUGUUGAGGAGAUGUAUGAAGAUGUAAGCCAGGACCACGCAAAAAAAACUGUCACAAUGGAAACUCAUCCACAUCUUCCUGGUCCACCUAUGGCAUCUGUGCACCCUUGCAGGCAUGCUGAGGUGAUGAAGAAGAUCAUAGAGACAGUAAUGGAGGGUGGGAGAGAGCUGGGCGUUCACAUGUACCUAAUUAUAUUUCUCAAGUUUGUUCAGUCUGUCAUUCCCACAAUUGAGUACGAUUAUACACAGAAUUUUAUGCUUACCACUUCUGGCUAGGUGGAUGCAAUAGUCAGGUGAAAGUAAUGCUACUUAAUAAUUUAGCAAUUUCAUUUUUAAUGGCGUGCACCAUCCAGAAAACGCUAGGAAACAAAUAGCGUGCUGCCAUGAAAAUGGAAACCAAGUCAACAAGCGUACCAUGAUAAGUUUACAAUUACAAUCCUGGAACCAUAAUCAGCUAUAUAAAUCUAAUUAAUUAAUACUCACAACGGUAAUGCGACGCCUAAGUAAUUAGCUUCUGAUAUAUUGCCUACUGCAAUGAGUUACUUCUUGCCAUUUUUAGAUUAAAAAAGGACAGAUUCUUUUAUCAAACUGAUUUUUCCAAGCAUAGCUAAUUACUUAUAUUGCCUGUUAUUAUAAAGAUGAUGCCAAUUUUUAAGAACAUCAUCGAUACUACUGAUUAUUACCGGAUGAUUGUUACUGUCUUCGCAGGUGGUAAAGUUCUGUUCAAAAUCGAUGUUUUGUAGUCUAACGAAAACUACACGCGCACUAACGAAUAUGUCGGAUUUCAGUACUAGAUUUAUCUUCAGGUUUAAUUAAAUGUGCAGAAAACAACACAAAAUAAUAUUAAUCAAUCUUUUGCAUCUGCAAAUAAACUGAUUUAAAAAUA